UGUACAUAUAAAAAGAUUGCAUUUUGAUAUGUGUUAUCUUCCAUUUCAGUAAUCAUCCAUUAUUUCUUCGGUCAAGCAUAUUAAUCGAUGGUUGAGAUUAACCGUUUCGAUGAAGAUGUCCGGAAAGUUCCGUACUAUAAAUUGUUCUGCUUUGCAGACACAGCAGAUAAAGCACUAAUGGUCGUCGGUUCGAUCACAUCGAUCGGAAGUGGUUUGUGUUUGCCUCUUAUGACACUUUUAUUCGGAGAAUUAGCCAAUUCUUUCGGGCAUAAUGUCGAAACGGGACGAGUUGUCGACGAAGUCUCCAAGGUAUCGUUGAAGUUCGUGUAUCUUGCCGUGGGGUCCGGUUUUGCAGCGUUUUUCGAGGUGGCGUGUUGGAUGAUUACUGGCGAAAGGCAAGCCGUUCGUAUAAGAAAUCUAUACCUAAAAGCAAUCCUAAGGCAGGAUAUUGCUUUUUUCGAUACAGAGACUAACACCGGAGAAAUUAUUGAGAGAAUGUCGACCGACACUAUCGUAAUCCAAGACGCUAUGGGCGAGAAGAUAGGGAAGUUCUUACAGCUUUCGUCGUCGUUCAUCGGAGGGUUUGUGAUAGCUUUUAUAAAGGGAUGGCUUCUUACGCUCGUCUUGCUUUCCGCAAUACCACUCCUCGUUAUCUCCGCUGCUUUUAUGACCGUGCUUAUUACGAAGCUGACAUCACGCGGACAAGCUGCUUAUUCGGAAGCAGCUAACAUCGUCGAACAAACAAUCAGCUCAAUCAGAACCGUUGCGUCGUUCACAGGGGAAAGACAAGCAAUUGCUAAAUACGAGAAAUCGUUAAAUAAAGCUUAUAAGGCCGGCGUGCAAGAGGGUUUGGCUGCGGGAUUAGGUUCCGGUUUUUUCAUGUUAGUCCUUUUCUGCAGUUACAGUUUAGCUAUUUGGUUCGGCGCCAAAAUGAUAAUUACGAAAGGGUACACCGGUGGAGAUGUCUUGAACAUAGUAAUGGCUGUUCUUUUAGGAUCUUUUUCGUUAGGACAAAUAUCGCCAUGCUUGAGCGCUUUCGCAGCCGGUCAAGUAGCCGCAUUUAAAAUAUUCCAGACGAUACAUAGAAAACCGGAGAUCGACCCGUACAAUAAAAACGGGUGGGUUCCGGAAGAUAUUAAUGGCAAUGUGGAGCUAAAGGAUGUCCGUUUCAGCUAUCCAGCUAGACCCGACGACAGAGUGUUCAACGGCUUCUCUCUUACAGUACCGAGUGGGACAACGUUGGCUUUGGUCGGAGAAAGUGGGAGCGGAAAAUCGACUGUCGUAAAUCUUGUCCAACGGUUCUAUGAUCCACAAGAAGGUGAAGUUUUAAUCGACGGUGUGAAUAUCAAAGAGUUUCAGCUGAAGUGGAUUAGAGGCAAAAUCGGGCUCGUUAGCCAAGAGCCUGUGUUGUUUUGUUCGAGCAUAAAAGAAAAUAUCGCGUACGGGAAAAACGGAGCGUCGGUUGAAGAAAUUCAAGCCGCUGCACAACAUGCUAAUGCCGCUAAAUUCAUCGAUAAGCUGCCUCAGGGUUUCGAUACAAUGGUAGGUGUGAACGGAACACAGCUGUCGGGCGGGCAAAAACAGAGGAUAGCAUUAGCCAGAGCAAUUAUUAAAGAUCCUAGGAUUUUGCUUCUUGAUGAAGCAACCAGUGCACUUGAUGCAGAAUCUGAAAGAACUGUACAGGAGGCACUGGAGAGAGUCAUGGUAAACAGAACUACGUUAGUUGUCGCCCAUCGUCUUAGCACGGUGAAGAAUGCUGACGCCAUUGCGGUUAUUCGUCGAGGGAAGAUUGUCGAAAAAGGUCCGCAUUUCGAACUAAUACGAAACCCCGAAGGAGCGUACAGUCAGCUCAUACAAUUGCAAGAGUUCAUCAACAAAGAAACGGCACGCAGUUCGUGUUCGGAGAUUAGUCGAGUUUUAUCCGAACCAAGAAACAGUAAUCGUCACUCGUUCUCAAUUAUGUCGUCACACGAAGAACCGAAGAACACGGCUUCGUCAAAAUCCAAUGGGGACCGUAAACGAGUAUCCCUAUACCGAUUGGCUUGUCUGAAUAAACCGGAGAUUCCGGAAUUAAUACUCGGUUCUCUCGCUGCAGUAAUCAACGGUGCAAUACUACCGAUUUUCGGGCUCCUUUUCGCGAGUAUAGUCAAAACUCUGUACGAGCCACCUCACAAGCUUCGAAAAGAUUCCGAAUUCUGGUCCUGCAUGUUUGUAGCUCUCGGUUUUGCGUCUCUUUUAGCUACUCCACUACGAACGUACUUCUUCGCUGUGGCGGGAUGUAAGUUGAUCCAACGGCUGAGAUUAAUGUGCUUCGAAAAAGUCGUCCACAUGGAAAUAAGCUGGUUCGACAGAUUCGAGAACUCGAGCAGUUCAAUCGGGUCCCGCCUCUCUUCGGACGUGAAAUCCGUCAGAAACCUCGUCGGAGAAUCGCUCGCAUUGCUCGUUCAGAAUAUUGCGACAGCUGUCGCCGGGUUGAUCAUCGGAUUCAGUGCCAGCUGGCAGUUGUCGCUUAUAGUGCUGGCUUUGCUGCCACUCAUCGGACUGAACGGAUACCUUCAGAUGAAAUUUGUUGCCGGUUUCAGUGCAGACUCGAAGAAACUGUACGAGGACGCAACUCGAGUCGCGAGCGAUGCGAUCGGGAGUAUUAGAACAGUCGCUUCAUUCUGCUCGGAGGAGAAGGUGAUGGACAUUCACCGAGAGAAGUGUCACCGCCCUGUGAGAUUAGCAAUCCGAUUAGGGUUGCUCAGUGGAGGUGGCCUUGGAUUAUCACUCUUCUUUCUUUAUUCGGUUUACGCAGUUAGUUACUAUGCCGGCGCUCGACUAGUGGAUGCUGGAAAGAUUACGUUCGGUGAUGUUUUUCGUGUUUUUCUCGGACUCAGCAUGACUGCAGUUGGAAUAUCACAGUCGGGGGCGCUGGCACCAGAUUCCGGUAAAGCUAAAGCAAGUGCAGCUGCUAUAUUUGAAAUUCUUGAUCAGAAAUCGGAGAUAAAUUCCGACGAAAACUCCGGAAAAACGACACUUGAAAACGUAAAAGGCGAAAUCGAGUUCCGUUAUAUCGGUUUCAAGUAUCCAAGUAGGCCUGAUGUUCAGAUUUUUAAAGACUUGUGCUUGACUAUACAUGCAGGACAGACAGUUGCUGUUGUAGGAGAAAGCGGCAGCGGCAAAUCAACGAUCAUCUCACUACUGCAAAGAUUCUACGAUCCAGAUUCAGGACAAAUCACACUAGACGGCGUCGAAAUCCAACGGCUGAGAUUAAAAUGGUUAAGGCAGCAAAUGGGAUUAGUGAGUCAAGAGCCUGUCUUAUUCAACGACACAAUCCGAGCCAACAUCGCUUACGGAAAAGAAGGAAACGCCACCGAGGCAGAGAUUUCAUCAGCUGCAGAGCUAGCUAAUGCAAACAAAUUCAUCAGUGCUUUACACAAGGGGUACGAUACUAUAGUCGGCGAGAGGGGUGUACAGUUAUCCGGUGGGCAGAAGCAACGGGUGGCGAUUGCACGAGCUUUAGUAAAGGCUCCGAAAAUAUUGCUACUCGAUGAGGCAACGAGCGCUCUUGAUGCUGAGUCGGAGAAAGUGGUUCAAGAUGCAUUGGACCGAGCCAUGGUUGACCGAACAACUGUGGUGGUGGCCCACAGGCUGUCGACUAUCAAGAAUGCGGAUUUGAUCGCUGUCGUGAAAAAUGGGACCAUUGUGGAAAACGGGAAGCACGAGACUCUGAUUAGUAAGAGAGACGGUGUUUACGCCUUGUUGGUGGCACUUCAUGGUGGUGUUGCUUCUUCUUAGGCAGUUAAUUAUGUUUAAUUUUUUCAGCUCUUGUUUUCGUUAAUGAUUCGAAAGAUCGAGAGGUAAUUAUUAAUAAGAUGAGCUAGCGCUCUUGUAUUUUUUAUUUUUUUUCAUUGUUAGCAUAAUAAAUCAAGAAAAUUGAGAAACUAAUUCAUUAGAGAUCAUCAGCAACUUUUUUUUUUUCUUUUUUUUUUUGUUAACGUUUCGUUUUCGCAGAAAUCGUCAAUUUGAAUGAAAGAUUUGUUGAUGAAUAGAAGAACUUUUCAGACACUUGACGAAAACCCAACGGAAGAUACACGGCCAAGUCUUUUGGCC